AUGUUAGGUUGAGAGGACAGCUCUUUGUCAAGCUAAAGUUUUGACAGGCUUGGUCCAAAAAUGGAGAGGCUACAGAACUCCUCUGCUGAAGUUGGUGUAUUGCAAGAGUUGCGGAAGUGUCUGAAAGUGUGUUAACCUGGCACGUUUGUUGGGAAGAACCCCCUGGCUGGUGUCAGCCGUAACGGGGAGGCCUGAAAAAGUGUCAGGAUGCCAGAGAUAACACAAAGUCAGACCCCGGUCAACAAAUCUCCAAGUAGGAGGAAGAAAAACAAAAACAAGGAGAGUCAUAAUGCAGUUGAAAGACACCGUAAAGAGAAAAUCAAUGCCGGCAUCAACCGCAUUGGAGACCUAUUGCCUUGCUCCCCAGCUCUUAAACAGAGCAAAAACAUGAUCCUAAGCGAAGCUCACCGUUAUAUAACAGAACUGAAGCAACAGAGUGAUGAAAUGCUUCUCACUGGUGGUGACAAGGGGCAAGCGGAAGAAAUAAAGCGACUGCGACGGCAAGUUGAGGAUCUGCGCAAGGAAAGUGCUCAUUACCUUGAGCUGCUCAAAGCCAAUGGCAUUAACUUCCUUGAUGACCCAACAAUUCAUUGGAAGGGCAAGCAGCGUAGUGCGAAAGUAGCUAAAGUAACACCAACUCAUCUGCUGUCCAAGGGAAUCAUUGUCUAUUCCAGUGGAAAUACCACCUCCCCCUCUGGUAAACAGCCUGGUCAACAAAAUCUUAUCCCACAGCAAGACAAACAGCCUGAGACUGCUGUGAUUGUGGAACGUGCCUGUGAUGUUAGACCAGUUGUCCACAAUGGAGCACCAGUCCAUGAUGUCAUACCAUCCUCCACUCCACAGCAUAUACCUGUAGCGACCCUUAUUCCUGCUGUGACCAGGAUUGGACUCGCAGUAGUUGAACAGCCUGCAGCAGUGGCCCCAGUUGCUCCGAAAUUGCCUCCCCCUGUGAAUUACAUCACUUUUCAGAGCCUGUGCCCACAACCUGCAAUCACUGCCCACUUGCCUCAGCAACCCCUGCCAGUCUCUCCUGCCCCUACCCUUACGUCUGGAACCAUCUCCACUGUCUUCCCAAGGCAAGGUGUAACCCAUCUCUCUCGAGGUGCAGACAGCAGACUGCUGGCCCCGGAUGUUGCGGUAAUGGUCACCUCUUCCAAUCAAACUUUACCGUCUAGUUCAAAUCUCCUCAGUGCUGCAGGGAAUACUCAGACAACAUGGACAACAUUGCAUCUAGCAGGGAACACGGUGCAACCAGUCUGUCAGUCAUUGCCAACUUCAGUCAGCAAUGGCGGCAACAGUGCUGGCCCGCAGCAGUUUUCUGUGUGCUCUGUUGGUGUGAAACCAUCAACCCAGCCCACAACAAUUCAGAUCCAACAACAAGCUGUUGCCAUGCCACAAGUUGCUUUCUCUACAUCUCUCCCACUCCAGCCUUCACAGCAGCAACAGCCACAGCUUCAGCCCCAGUCAGCCAUUUUGCCCCAAUCAACAUUGUUAACUCACCCAGUCAGUGUUUCCCAGGGUCAGCCUGUCAUCUUACCCCAAUCAACAUUGGGGCCUCAUUCACAAGUAACUGUACUGUCUCAGCCAACCAUGCAACCUGUAGCUCAGCCGCAGCCAGCUCUAAUAUCCGUAGGCCAGCCCAAGCCAGUUCUGCUACCCCAGACUAAACCGCAGCCAGCCUUACUUCCCCAGCCUCAGUUGGCAGUGAUGCCUCAAUCUGCUGUAAUAUCUCAGCAACAGUCUGUCGCACCACCACAACCCCAGCCAGCUCUAUUAUCCCAGCCUCAGCCCUCGGUUGUUGCUCAGCCACAGUCAGCAAUAGUGCCCCAAGCGCAGCCAGGCCUUAAUCAGCGGCAAGCUGCUGUGGUGCCUAUGCUUCAGACCAUGCAAGUUUUGCAGGUUAAUCCUGCUGGAACAACGGUUGCUGCAGUCCCUGUGCAACAAAACAAUAAUCCAAAUGUUGUUAUCUUGCAGCAGGCUGGUUCCUGUACAGCCCAACAAGUGAUGAGGGAGGAUCUGAGCAGCCAGACUACCCAGACACCUUGCCAACACAUUGUUAUUAUUCAGGCACCUAAUCAGACGCCUCAGACACCACAAACCCCCCAGACAGUAGUUCCUGCUGCAAUGCCUGUAUUACCUGGCAAUAUUACAACUUCCAACGCACUUUCUGUAAACAAUAACCAGGCGGUUUCAGGCAAACAGUUGGUACAUAUUCUUCCACAGCUUUCAUCACAGGCCCCUCAGACCAUCUCUAUGAAUGGACAAGUAUUUGUUUUGCAACCAGUGCAAUCACCUGACAAAGGGAGUGGUCUGGCUGCACCAGUUCCCCAACAGAUUAGUCAAACAUCUUCUGGUGAAGAACAGAGCGGUAGUCUCACUGUCCACAGCUUGGGCUCACUUACAAGCCUUAACCAGACCGACUCACAGGUUACUAGUCAAAGUAUUGUCCAAGUGCACACCAUUGCUCCACCGUCACAUGCAGUUGUGCAGCAUAACUUGCCUACCACUAAUUUAGCUGUCAAUAGCUCUGGGACAAUGGCUCCCACUUCCACAGAAACACCUGCACAACCCAAGCAAGUGAGUAGUGAAGUCAAAGGGCCUGUGAAAAAAAUAGGACCUUGCAGGAAACCAGGUAGGAAACCUAAAUCUGCUAGAAGUAAAGACCUCAAACUGGGACGGUGUCUUCUCCCAAUUGCAGCCAAGCCCACAACACCGCAGACUAAGCCAUUUGAUUCAGUCCAGCUUCUAAAGCAGUCCACUACUGCUGUAAUUGCUCCAAAAACAUCUUCAAGCUCUAAGAGGACAGUCACUGUCAGUUGUACAAACACUGUGCAGACCACAACAGCAGUCACCAAAAACAGUCCUACUGUGAUGAAGUCACCUGUCACUAGAGUAAAUCUCACAGCAAGUGGAGUUUUAAGUACAAGUGCCAGUUCUUCUCAGAACACCCCAUCAAUCAGUGUUGCUGUUUCAGAAGCUGUGGUAACGGUAACCAGUAUCCAGUCUACACUGGAUAAGUCAACAGUUGCUUCUCCAGUUACUAACUGUAAUGGUGUUAGCACCACAUUGAGUGUCCCAUCAGCAACACCAGUCAGCUCUGCUCCAAGUAGAACGAUGGCCACAUCCAUUAGUUUUACACAGGAAACAAUAUCUGUGUCUAAACAAACGGCCAAACUGAGCAGAUCUGCUGCUGCAACAAAUUCAUGUUCUUUGAAUACAUCAAUAGACAAUGGUGUGCUGAUGACAAAAGACACAACUGCAGUCUCUUGCGUUGACUCCAUUGUGAAGCCUCUAUGUUCAGCAGUCAGUGUUCAGCCUGUGAGCAGAGAAUCCCCUCAGACUAAAACAGUUUGUGUUGGCCUUUCUGUGCCCAGUAUACCUUCAGCAACAAGCUAUAGCUCAAUGGAGACUACAGCAUUAGUUACCUGUGUUGGUUCCACUCAUAGUAAAUCAACAGUUGUACCUUCCAGUGGUGUAAUGGUUACUCCCAUUCCUACAAUUCACACCUCUGCUCCAAGCAGACCAGCGAUUUCUGUACAGUCAAAUCAGCCACCUUUACAGUGUCAUAAAACUGCAAAUUUACUGGAUUCCUCACAGAUUUGCCGUUCUUCUACUUUGCCUCCAAUUCAAACAUCUUGUGCUGAGCCUUCAUUGCAGUCAACCCCAUCAGCCACAGCCAGCCAGAUGCAACCCCCUGAGCCUAGGAAACGAGAUAACACAAGUGGAUCUCGGAGCCAACCUCAGGAAGUAAGUUUGGCUCCUCUACCCUCUACACAGAUGAGUUCUGCUGAAUUGAAACUUGACUCAAGAAAGGAGAAAGCGCUUGUAUCUAUUGAGAAAGGUCAUUUGCUGACUGAUAGAUGCCCAAGGAAAGACUCUUCCCACCCUCAAGAGGUGUAUGCAUUAGAGCAGGAUUCUUUGGAACAGCCCCUUAUUUCAAAUAGCCAGACAGAUUUGCCACUCUCAGCUGGUGGUAGAGGGUUUUCAGUUGCCUCCAUGCUUCCUACUGGCCACAGUACAAGUGCUUCGUCUAACAGCUUUGGAACAUUCAGUUUCACACCUGAGCAGGCAGAGAUACUAGCGUUGGUUACCGCUUGGGAUCUACCCAAAUCCCAGCAAGCCCCCAACAGCAAAGAAAGGAACCCAGAGCAGCAGUUCAAGCCAAGCAAACACCUGGAUCUGCCCUUGAUAAAAACCUCUUCCCAAAGCUCUGUCAGAUGUCCACCAGUGGAAGGAACAACAAGCCGGCCAAAUAGACCACCUCACAGUGUGGCUUAUUCACAGUCUCAGUCCGCUUCAGUUGGUAGUCUUAAUGUCAACAAUUUAAUACGUCCCAGUUCCAGUCAGCCUUAUCCUGGGUCUCCCAGUCUGGCCCAGCAAGCCUCGGUUCCCUCACCAGGAGGCCCUGCUAACUUGGUGUCCCAACCAUCCACCCCCGUUCUUCCAAACUGUUCAGUAUCUGGACAGCUGAAUGAGUACACACCCCUCAAGAACAUGCGUCCACAUGGUGGUGGUGUAGCAGAACGACAUCUGAAGGAGCUACCGAAGCGUCCAGCCCAGGACGAUGUGAUGUUACCAAGUAACAAACGUCCCAAAGGCUGCCCGCCUGGUAAUGUCGGACGCAUGGAUGUCAAGACUGCAGAUCACUCCCAAAUGAUUAUUGGUCAAAUGACCCCAAUCUCUUCAGCCGUCAUGACUCGAAUCAACCCAGAGAGCUCACUUUUUUCCAGCAAUGGCUUCAUGAGCACAGUAUUGAGACCAACCGAUGGCCAUUGCACCUCUCAGGUACUCUCUCAAGAACCCAAUCAGCCUGGUGUAGUGCAUCUUCAGCCCAGUCACUCCCAGAAUAGUGCCCAAUCACAGCAACACAUAGGAGGAAACCCUUACCUGAAGCAUCAGCAGCAAGAGCAGCAGAGACAUCACCUGUAUCAGCUACAACAUCAUCUCACACAAUCUGACAACACACAGGGUCAGCUGCACAAUAUCCAUCAAAGAACGAUGCAGCAGGAUCAGCAUGUCCACAAAAAGAGGGGGAUGGUCCGUGGGGGUCAGACAGGACCCCCUGUUGGUAUGCAGCAGAAACAGCAUCAUUUGGAGAAGAGCGGGUUACAGCAGCAUCCGCCAUCUCAGCAACAUCAACAGCAUCAACAGCAGCAGCACCAACAACAGCAGCAGCAGCAGCAGCAACAGCAAGCACAUCAGCAACAGCAGCAACAAGCACAUCAGCAGCAUCAACAACAGCAGUUGCAGCAGCAUCAACAGCAACAUCAUCACCAACAGCAGCAGCAAUCCCAGCAACUCCAGCAGGCCCAACACCAACAACCACAGCCACAUCAACAGCAGCAGCAGCAAAUUCAGCAGCAGAGUUCUCACUCACGCCACCAACACCUUCAACAGCAGAUUCAGCAGCAGCACUUUGGGGGACGACUGCAGGAGAAGACAUGCGAGGCCCAGCCAACAGGCCCGAGGACUCAUCAGAACAAUCAUAUGGGGCAGCAGGAGUGUCAGAGCGGGCAGGACCACAACACUGUCCAAAGACUCAUGGGUUCUCGGAGUCUGGAACAGCAGUUGACCUCACAGGCUAAUAGCUCUGCAUCUCGUUCAUCUGACCUCACGUGUGCUCCUUCACGACACGAGCGCCAGCGUCUUUCUAGCUACUCAGCAGAGGCUCUCAUUGGGAAGUCGUCCUCGAGUGGCGAACAGCGCAUGGGGCUUCACCUGCAGGCUCCACGUGGUAACAAUCAAGAUCAGCCAGACUUGCGCUAUUUGGAACGGGGAAAAGGGAAUAUCAACCACAAUCCAGCAAAUAGGCUGCCACCUGACCACCCUGGGCCAGCUGAUGUCCAGCGUAUUAAUGAAUGCCCUCCUUUUAAGACCCUGAGCAGUAGCCACCAACUUGGCAAUUUUGAGGUGCAGGUGUCCCGUGCAGGAGAUGCCAAUAAAACUGUACCUCCAGUGCAACGGGGCCCUCAAGUGCAAGGCACCUUUCGAAUGGGCCCAAGUUCAGGAGGGGAUGGCCGGUCGCGCGUGCCUUAUUCAAGCACUCAUGCAGGGCCACAGGGCAUGCAGAUUGGGGUAGGGCAAGAGGCUUGCCAGAGCUUCAUGCAAAGUCUCCUGGCUCCACAUCUACCUGAACAAACUGGACAUCAAAGAUCACAGUGCUGCCCCCCUGUUAGCAUAGAAUAUAGCUGUGUGCCUGGAACAUCUGCUGGGGAUUUGCAGGCCAAAGCUUCUAGUCCUAGUCUAUCCUCUUCUCAAAAGGCUCCUGCAAUGCGCCUUGGGGAAAGCAAUAAGGGACACAUACCCCAGGUUAGUGGGAAUUUGCAUGGCCAAGGAGUUAGGACAGGACUCCCCCAUCUGCCAACACCUCAGAGUAAUACUGAACCAGGAAGAAACUCCGCUCCUUCUAGACCCCUGUCGGCAGUCAGUCAACGCACCCGCCAUAUUGGACAAGAGGCUCAAAGUUCUAAGAUUCGACCAGGGGAACGGCAAAGGUCAGGAACCGUAAGAACUUCAGACCCGUUUGAGUCUGAGGGCUCCCUAACACUUCCUUCCACUGGAGGUGUGAUCCUUGGGCGUCCACAGACAGGAGCUGAGACGCGAAGGGGCAGUAUAGUGCGCUUCAUGCCCGACAGCUCACAGGUUAGCAGUGAAAACAAUCUGGUGUCUGACCAGCACCUCUCUCAGAACUUUCCUAGUUUCCCUUUCAUUGCAGACGGCAGCAUGAACCCACCGCCACCCAUAAAUGCAAACUCUACUUUCAUCCCCCCUGUUAGCCAGUCUGGUACAUCCCGCACCCCAGCCCUUCUACCUGUGGAGCCUCAGAAUACCUUGCCCUCAUUUUACCCCUCCUAUUCCCCUGCAGCUCAUCCCAGCCUUCCAAGUGAACUCCCAAUACAGUAUUUCUCCAACCAAAUGUUUACAAGCCCAAGUACAGACAAGAGUAGCACCGCUCCACUCAAUAACCGUUUUAGUUCCAUACUCUCCCCACCACGACCGGUUGGCUUUGCUCAAGCCAGCUUUCCACUGCUCCCAGAAAUGCCUCCCAUGCCCAUCGGGAACUCUUCAAGCAUCACCCCUCACCUUCCGAACUUCAAUUUGACCUCACUAUUCCCAGAAAUUGCCACAGCAAUGCCACCAGAUGGUUCGUCAAUGCCUAUGUCCCCGUUGCUUUCUUUGGCCAAUACGUCAUCUACAGACUCUAGCAAACAGACCAACCGCCCUGCCCACAACAUCAGUCAUAUUUUGGGGCAUGAUGGGAGCUCUGCUGUCUAAACAACACUUGAGACUGUUGGUGAUGAAUCGAAACCUAGAAUAUUUCAAGGGUAUUUCAGGUGUUAUCAUACUGUCCCUCACAGGGAUUCUUUUUAGAGAUAUAGUUUUUCAGAAAUCACCUGUAGCUAGAUGGUUUGAUACUGUAACAGGAGUUCUACUUUUGUGAUGACCAGAGUAAUGACCAUGGUAUUUAAUAUCAUGGUAGUCAGGGUUAUACAAGGGCAUGAAAUGCUAUGAACAUUUUUAUUCCAUCUGUAAUGUUGGUUGAUUUAAAUCUCUUUCUGUUCAUGUUGAAAGGUUUUUGUGUACAAAUAUUAUUUUCUUUAUUAUUGUUUCUAAAAGAGUUUAAGGUUUUUCUUGCAAAUUAGAAUAUCCACAAGGAAUGAGUUUGAUUAUUUAUUUAAGUUCCUAGAACACAUUGUAGAUAUUUGUAAAUAUACAAAGUUGAUUAUUAAAGGUUUUCUAAGUAAA